GCCGCCACCCAACCAGAUUUUGUCUGAACGACUGUGCACGGCGCGUCGCGUGCGACUACGUCAUCGGCGUCUAUUGUGCUCGCGCGCGUCGAGACGACCCUUCGUGACGGGUAUCAUAAACGGCGCUAAAAAGGUUGCGGCGAGUGACAUCAUAAUCGUUCAUUAUAAUUUUCUAAUUCAUUAUUGUUCCUCGGCGGCUCGGAAGGCCGCACACGAAACGCUCGCGAGUCGCAGCACACUUUUGUCUGGCCGCGCGCGACGUAUAUAUAACGCCGGGCGCGGCACCAUCCACAACACUCGUACUCUUCCGACCGUUUAAGUGACAACCACACAGUCGUCUCCGUCGUUCGCUCAACCGCCUUCCGACGCACUUACACACGUCUACGCCCCAGCCGGGUCUACGAUACGACGUCGCCACGACAGCCGUCCAUCUCGUCCACGUGACCGCCGAGAACCGGACGCGCCCCGCCAAUCGCCGACAAGCGCACGCCGGGCCACCGCGUGUCCGCAACGAUGAUGACCGCUGAGAAAUUAAUUAUUGUGGUAUAUCUAUUGAGAUUGUGUAUUUGCCAGCAAUAUGAACAGUCAGGAGGACAAGGAAGUUAUUCAUCGCCCAAUGGAAAAUAUGGUGCAUCUGCUUCUACAGGAAGGUCGACAGCCUCCGGAAGACCAAAUGGUGGUUCUGGUUAUGGCCCUGCAUCUGGCAUUCUUGGCCAAGGUCAGGGCGGAAAGGGUAGCUAUGGGAAUGGUUUCAAUGGAAAUACAAGAAAUUCAGGAAGUCAAAAUGCAGGGGCCAUAAACUGUGGCCCUAAUGACAAUAGCGGCGGCUAUGGUGGAUCCAACAAUGGUUUUGGAGGAUAUGGAAGUGGAGCUAGUGGUUUAAAUAGUGGUUCCAGUGGUGGUGGAGAAUAUGGAAGUGGUGGUGCGGGAGGUAGUGGAGGAUAUGGAAAUGGAGGUUUUGGCGGUAGUAGUGGUGGAAGUGGAGCUGGUGGAUAUGGAAAUGGAGGUUUUGGUGGUAGUGGUGGUUCAAAUGGAGCUGGAGGAUAUGGAAAUGGAGGUUUUGGUGGUAGUGGUGGUUCAAGUGGAGCUGGAGGAUAUGGAAAUGGAGGUUUUGGUGGUAGUGGGGGUUCAAGUGGAGCUGGAGGAUAUGGAAAUGGAGGAUUUGGUGGAAGUGGUGGUGGUAGUGGAGGUUAUGGAAAUGGAGGUAAUAAUGGACGAGGAAAUGGAGGUAGUGGAGGUAGUGGAGGUUAUUCGAAUGGUGGUCUAGGAGGUAGUGGAGGAUAUGGAAAUGGAGGUUCAGGAGGUAGUGGUGGAUAUGGAGGUAAUGGUUUAGGAGGUAAUAAUGGAAAUUUUGGAACCAAUGGUGGAAAUUUUAAUCCAAAUCAAAAUGCUCCUCCAGCCGCUAAAGUGAGUUUCAAUAGCUUUUUUGGAAAAUCCGGACGAAAUGGUCGUGGACAAUUCGGUGGGCCAAAUGAAUCUAGUUCUCGAGGAUCUAACAACUAUGGCAGUCAAAAUGGUGGAGGUUCUGGCUCCUAUGGCCAAAACAAUGGAGGUAUUGGCUCUUAUGGUAGUCAAAAUGCUGGUGGUUCUGCCGGUCAAGGUGGUCAAAAUGGUGGUGGUCCUGGUUCCUACAGUGGUCAAACCAGUGGAGGUUCUGGUUCAUACGGUGGUCAAAAUAGUGGAGGAUUUGACUCUCAUGGGGGAGGUUCUUCUCCAUAUGGUUCACAAAAUAGUAUUGGAUCCAGUUUACAUGGUAACGGAUUUGGAUCUGGGCAAUACGGGGAAUCGGAUCUUGGUGGAUCUGGACAGAAUAAUGGAUUCGGAAAAAGUUCUCCGGGAGGAUUUUCAUCAGAAUCUGCUGGCCAAGGAUCUAAUGGGUAUUGAUACCUUUACAUUGUAAUUCUAAAUUAUAAUUUAUUUAUUUAUUAAAUUAUUGUUUUUGUAAACUUAUCUUAUGCGUUAAAAUUAAAUAUGUGUAUUAUUUUUAAAAUUUUUUUUCUAAUUUAAGUUGUUCCUUUGUGAAAACUUCCUUAAAAACAAUAUAAUUAUAUCGCCAGAUUUCAUGGGUACCUAUACGGCUAUACGUACCUACAUAAUAUAGUACUCUGAUAUCCACUAUUUCUUUGGGUAAGUUUCAUAGUUUCAACAAUCAACCAUAUACCUAUAUUUAUAUUUAUUUAUUUGUUACCGUUAUAA